AUGCACAGUUGGGUCACACAUGCAUUGGAGGAAAGGUACAUCGAGGCACUGCAAGGGCUUGACGGAACCGACGGUGUGUACUGUAUGGCGUGGGAGCACGAGUGGUAUGAGGACGGCAUUGUGAUGGAUUGGUCCGCGCUUCACCGUGGUCUCGUCGCCAGCGUGUGUUUUCCGCCGGUGGCCGCACAAAUGGAUGAUUUGGCGCGGUUUGGCUGUUGUGUGAGGGACGACACCCUUCUUGUUACAUCCAUUGACAUUCGUGCUCCGUGGCGCAUGAUUCCGCUCUCCGACCAGGCGCAGCGGCUCAGCGCUUUUCUGCUCCCACCAGCAGCGAAUGCUUGCGGAAACGGAGCGCGAGUUGCCGUGGAGGAGUUGCGUGGCUAUCGGUUUGUAAAGGGCCCUCCGGGGCAAAGAAGUGUACGGGACGAUGUUUAUGCAUUACUGCAGACGGUGAACCGUCAGCUGACGAGGGCUGGAGUAAAGACUUAUGUUUUCUUUAGCAAUGUGAUUGUUGCAUCAAAAAACUUUGAGCAGUUGAUGCACCACACCGCAGCCGUGUUUCGCGCACUCAGGGAGGCUGGAUUUGCCAUCAACGGGAAUGGAUCCUCAUUUGAACCGCGACGUGUUUUCACGGUUGUGCCCGGGCGGUAUUGGAACACGCUGACUUUAGGCUCGCUUCGGCGUGAGGAGGACAUUCUGGCGUUUCUUGUUGAUAUUUUUUACCGGUGGCUGGAGGAUUGUUACGUGUGGUUGUGCGAAACGCCACCACGGUCGUUGCUCCUGUCGGCAGGUGACGACGACAAGAAGCUGCAUUUAUUCUCAGACUUCUACACAAGGCUGGUGUACCCACGCCAUGAUUAUAUUCAUUUCUUGGCUGUAAAGGGCAUGACGCUGGCGGAUGUUUUGCGGCUUGCCGGGCCCCGGCUGGCAAAGAAGGUGCCAUGCGUGGGUCCGCAGAAGUGGAGUACACUGGAGCUGCGGUUGUGUUUAUCUGCCUUGGACGCGUAUAAUAAUUUCCCAUGCAAAUAG